GGACCAUCUUUACCUCUCUCUGCAAGCUCAUCGUCCACUUUUCCAGGACGUUGGAUUUAGGAUGCAGCGGUUCCGGAGGCUAGAGUAUGCAGAUGCAGCAACCCAGGCACAAGGUACAGCAUCAGACCUCCUUGUUGACGAUCGUCUUGUUCUGCUUAGACUCCUUCAUGCAACGCGUUUGGCCGCUUCGUUUCGUUCGUUCGCUUUUGUCGCCGUCGCUUGUACCGAGCGUUCGUCCUCGCUUUUGCCUAUCUGUAUUCCUCUUGUCCCUCGUGGCAACCGUUCAAUCCUUCGUCCUUCCUUAACUAUCCAACCAUCGCACCCGUUACGCGUUUCUUGUCAACUCACCGUCUUUCGUAUCUCAAACUCACGAGUAAUAAUCAAGCAAUCUUGCUUGAUACGUACAUCUUGGCUUCCUUUUUCGCGAAUCAUGGCAUCAACAGAGCUACAUCAACAUCGCUUCUCGCACCAACAACCACAACUUCACGAACCUCAAAGACUUUCUGGUAUCUAUCAGUAUCACAAUGCACCUGAGGUAUUACCCGAGCACGGACUGGAAUACGACGACAAUACAUACCCCGUCUCGGAUAAGUAUCCGGUGACGAGUAUGGACGACUAUCCUGCAAGCUUCCACGCACAGCAAUACCGCGAUGUGAACAAGCCACCGCGGAUCAUCUUUGGAAUGAAAGUGCGAUCAUUCUUGCUCGUGGCAUUAGUGUUUGUCUUGAUAGUUGUCGGAGCAGUGGUGGGAGGCACAGUAGGGCGUAAUGCAUCUCAUGCAGCGAACGCGCAAGCUAUAGCCACAAACUCAAGCUUACCAUCUGCGACAGCGAUAACACCGCAAGCAUCGGGUGAAGUACGCACGAUCGCCGCCUCAUCGCCGACGACAACUUCGACAACUACUGCUACAUCAACAGUCGCGUCGACGUCGGUACUAUCAACACCCACCUUCGUGCCUCUCUCGGCGUGUCCAUCGGCGAACAACACACUGUUCAUCUCGACCAUCUCAAACUCAUCUUCCCUCAUCUCACCAGCAGACAACACCACAACAACUGUCGACUUGACAUAUACACGCUACUGCGAUGCAAAAACACCUGCAGCGUUCAAGCCCUUAACGUCUGGCUUCGUAUACACCUUUGACGACUGCAUCGAAAUGUGUGCUGCUUACAACGUAUAUGCCGAGGGGUCAGUGGCCUGUGACGUGGCCAUCUACGACGUCAAAGAAACACGACCCGUGAACUGCGUAGUAGGAACCGCGCACACCACUGGUGCUGAGAGCUUAGGCAUUGAAGGAGGUCUCGCUAUUGCUGUACUGAAACCCUCUACAUGAGUCCUUCCCGCUCAUUUUCUUUUGUUCUGCAUCUUGGCUCAUUUGCGAUCGGAUCAUGGGUGGUUGUUCAUUUUGUUGGGCUCGAAUUUUACGAGCGAAAGAGGCAUGAAUUAUACGAUUAUGUAUCGAGGAGGGAAGGGAAACUAUUACAUUGAACAUAUACUGGCAAUCUUAAUACCAUAUUUGUAAACAUCAGCG